AUGGGUAAGUUACCGGUGGCUUCCGCAAGUUAUCAAGCUCAAGCAACUUCUUCUUCUGAAAGUUUAACGGACAGAUUUAGUGAUCUUCCAGAUGACGUUGCUCAUCUUAUCCUUUCCCCGCUCCCUUUCAAAGACCUCACGCGAGUCGGUUCUGUCUCGAAAAGAUGCAGACAAUUACAUCUAUCAGUUCCGGUGGUGGAUUUUGCUACUUAUUGGUCAGAAGAAAUGACGGUGGAGGAUAUGAUCGUACUCGGUUGCGGCGCUUCUGCAUGGAUUGGCAUUUCUAUCCGAGCGAAACAAAUGAGCAGCUUUCUGAUGAUAAUUUACGAGGAACCAGUGGAAAUGCGUUUUGGAAACGCCUUCUCUAUCCUUUUCCACCAAAAUCUAGGAAAAUUUACUAGUUUGGAAGAAGCUGGGCUUUGUUUAAAGCCUCGGGUAAAUGAAUUUUACUACGUAUUUGGGCUUCUUUGCAGCAUAUGCUCUGCCAAAGUUCUUACUAUAAGCGCGGAGACCAUUGAGGCCUUCAAGGAAGGUUCCAUGGCAGCACCAAGAUUAGAUAAUAUUUGUAAAUUGAAAGCGCGGACUAGGAACUUGAAUGAUGACCUUGUUCCAGCACUGGCAUCUGGAUUUGGUACGGAAUUCUGGAAAAUGCAAAACCUUGCUUUCGUUCAUCAGCUUGAGGAGGUAACCAUAGAGCCUUGCGACGGGUCUAAUCGAACUGAUUUUGCACGGUAUAUCCUUGAGCAUGCUCAAAAUUUGAAUCCUAUUAGUGUGGAUUCUUAUCAAUCAAAAGCUGAAGCAGAGAUAGUGAGAAUGAGUAGAAGCAAGAUGAUUUCCACUUCCACAGUAAUCAUUCGGAAGUGA